AUGUACCACCUAAUCAAAUCCCUCUACCUCCACGCGACCAGCAAGGAAGAGUACUCCCUGCUGCUCCUCGGCCUCGACAACGCAGGCAAGACCACACUCCUCGAGCAGAUCAAAGGGCUCUAUACCUCACACCAUGAACCCCAGCUCAACACCGUCCCAACCGUGGGGCAGAACGUGUCAGUCAUCGACCUUCCGGAGAUGUACUUGAGGAUCUGGGACGUGGGCGGACAACAUAGCCUGCGCGGCCUGUGGCAGAGCUACUUUGAAAGCUGCCACGCAAUUGUGUUUGUGGUGGACAGCACGGACAUUGGGGAUGGGGACAUUUCGCGGUUGGCCAGCGAUAACAACGCUUCGACUCCGCUAAAGGCGAGCGCGAAUACAGAUGCAGAGGGGAGGCUGGGGGAGUGCAAGCUCGUACUUGAGUCAAUUCUGCAGCACCAGUCGACUACUGGGAUCCCCAUUCUGGUGCUGGCGAACAAGCAGGACUGCGAGGAUUGCGUGGAGGUGGUGAGGAUCAAAGAGGGCUUUGUGCGGAAGGUGUUUGAGGGGGAGAAGGGGCAGAAUGUGAGGGAUAGCCGAGUGUUGCCGCUGAGUGCGUUGAAGGGGGUGGGCGUGAAGGAAGCGGUGGAGUGGGUUUGCAGUCGAGUCAAGUGGAACAAAGAGGGACGACCACCGGUGAUGAGAUGA